AAGAGAAAAAAGCCGAAAUGCAUCCAUCAUUAUUAAUAUGUCUGGUCAAACGACCGAGAUCACAGAUCCUGAAAAUCCAAAAGCAGAACCAAGGAAAUUUGCUUUUGAUCAUUCGUACUGGUCACAUGAUGGUUUUAAUGAACGAGAGGAUGGAUAUUUGGAACCGGCAGGAGCACAAUAUGAUGAUCAGCAAAAAGUGUUUGAAGAUUUAGGUAAAGGUGUAUUGGAUAAUGCAUGGAAAGGAUAUAACUGUUCGUUAUUUGCCUAUGGUCAAACUGGUAGUGGUAAAUCUUAUUCUAUGGUAGGAUAUGGUGUCAACAAAGGUAUUGUACCACUGGCAUGUGAAGAUCUGUUUCGGGGAAUUACUGCAAAGCGGGAAUCUGCUGUGAAAGAUGAAGAGUACCAGGUAACAUUAUCUAUGUUGGAAAUCUACAAUGAACAAGUACGUGAUUUAUUGAAUCUCAAAACUCUACAGAAAGGUGGUUUGAAAGUUCGACAGCAUCCAACUAAAGGAUUUUAUGUUGAAUCUCAGUCAAACUGGCCAGUUGAUAGUUAUGAUGAAAUUAACAACAAGAUUAACGAGGGUACUAGAAAUCGUACUGUGGCUUCUACCAACAUGAAUGCAACUAGCAGUCGAGCUCACACUAUUGUAGCCGUAUCAUUCGUACAGAAAUCAUCUAAUGAAGCAGGACAGAAUAUGACAAAAACCUCUGUUAUAAACUUAGUUGAUUUAGCUGGCAGUGAAAGAGCAGAAUCUACUGGAGCUACGGGUGAUAGGUUAAAGGAAGGUUCAGCUAUAAAUCAAUCUCUCAGUUCUCUUGGUAACUGUAUUAAAGCUUUAGCUGAUAUAUCACAGGGCAAGAAAAAAGUUGUUGUACCAUUUCGUGAUUCAGUUUUAACCAAACUAUUACAAAAUGCUCUGGGUGGAAACAGUAAAACUGUCAUGAUUGCUGCUUUGAGUCCUGCAGACAUCAAUUAUGAAGAAACACUUUCGACUCUUAGAUUUGCUGAUAGAGCGAAGGCUAUCAAAACAUCUGCUAUUGUUAAUGAAAGUCCCACAGACAAGUUGAUCCGAGAAUUAAGAGAAGAAAAUCAAAGAUUAAUGGAUAUGUUAAAAUCUGGUGGAGGAGGGGCUUCUUUAGAAAUGGGCGGUGGUGGUCAAGAAAAAAGUGGAUAUUCGGAGGAUGAGGUAGCCGAAAUGAAGAGAGCUUUGGAAGAGCAAGUCAGACAAAAUGCACAAGAAUUAGAAGAUAUGAAGAAAUCUUGGGCAGAAAAAAUGCAGGAAGGACAACAACAAACUAUGGCUGGUAUGGCACAAGAAAACAAAGAACAUGAAGACAUGAAAACUACACCCCAUUUCUGGAAUUUGAAUGAGGAUCCUGCCCUUACCCGCAUGAUCAUUCAUUUUUGUCGAGCAGGAGAAUCAAAAAUAGGUAAUCGAAAAGCUGAUCCAGCCCCAGAAAUUUUAUUAAAUGGUUUAAGUAUACAAAAAGAACAUGCUAUAAUCAUCAAUAAAAAUAACACAGUUAAAAUACGACCACAAGUGUCAGCUAAAGUCAUGGUUAAUGGACAGGAGAUUAAAUCGGAGACAACUUUACACCAUAAUGAUAGAGUUAUGUUCGGGUCAAAUUUACUGUUUGCUUUCCAUCAUCCACAAGAACUGGAAAAGCAGCUUAAAGAAGGAAUUAAGAUAGAAACACCAACUUAUGAUUCAGCUCAAGAAGAAAUUGCUCAAAAAUCUGGAUUGAUGAAAGAUAUUGGAGGGGCUGAUGGAAAAUCAAAAGAGGAUUUGUUAUUACAAGAAGAUUUAAUUCAGUUAUUACCUAUGAUCAAUGAAGCUAAUGCCAUGUCUGAAGAAUUGGAUAAAAAAGUUAUAUUUGAAAUAGCUUUAGUAUCUUCACAAGCUCGUGGUGUUCAAGAUGGCAAAACAGAGGUAAUGGUUAAGAUGAGGAAUAUGGAGAAUGAAAAUGAAUGGAUGUUUUCUAGAAAUGAUUUUAUUAAUAGAAAAUAUCUCAUGCAAGAAAUGUAUGCAAAUUUUAUGCAAGGAGAUGCAGACUGGGAUGUACCUAAGGAAAGAGAUCCAUUCUGGGAGCCAGCUGAUACAGAGACGUUGAUCGGUACUGUCCAUGUUUACUUACAGUCGUUAGGUUAUAUGAUUGAACUGCAGGAAAAUCUGGCCAUUGCUGAUUACAAGGGAGUGGAACAAGGUCAUUUAACUGUAGAGGUACAACCAUGUAGUGAGAAAUGGGACAAUAUAGAGGAAGACUAUUUUGUUGAUAAUCCAGCUGAAUUGGUUGGUAAGAAGAUUUAUUUUAAACUAAAGAUUCCAUUUGCUAGAGGUCUACCUCAAAGAUUUGUACAGAGUUUUUGUCGAUAUAAGUUUUAUUUAGAAGAUAAAAAUGUUCAGACACAAGUUGUUUCGGGGACAAUCAAUCCAGAUUUUGGACAUGAGAAGAAAUAUCAAUUAGAUGUUACUAAACAGUUAAUUGAGUAUAUAGCAAACAGUCCACUGGUCAUAGAAAUAUGGGGCAUGCAGAAAGGUGACAGUUCGCCGUCUAAAGCCUCCACUAAUAAUAAGAAUAAUAAAAAUAAUAAAACUAAAGCAUUGAUGAAGAGAGAAAAGACAAUAGUAAAUUCUCCUACAACUGUUACGGUAUCUAAAGAUGAGAAGAUUAAAGAGGUAAGUUGUGAAGAUAUAAUUUAA